GGCAGGGAAACCACCACCUGGCUUACACCUGGAUGUAGUCAAAGGAGACAAACUCAUUGAGAAACUCAUCAUUGAUGAGAAGAAGUACUAUCUGUUUGGGAGAAAUCCUGAUCUGUGCGAUUUUACCAUUGACCACCAGUCUUGCUCUCGGGUCCAUGCUGCCUUGGUCUAUCACAAACAUCUCAAGAGGGUUUUCCUCAUAGAUCUGAACAGCACACAUGGCACAUUCUUGGGUCACAUCCGUCUGGAAGCUCACAAGCCCCAGCAGAUCCCCAUCGACUCCACGGUGUCCUUCGGAGCCUCCACCCGCGCCUACACCCUGCGCGAGAAGCCACAGACGCUGCCCUCGGCGGUGAAAGGGGAUGAGAAGAUGGGGGGUGAGGAUGAGGAGCUCAAGGGCUUGCUGGGGCUGCCAGAGGAGGAGACAGAGCUGGAUAACCUGACAGAGUUCAAUACUGCCCACAACAAAAGGAUUUCCACCCUGACCAUUGAGGAAGGGAACUUGGACAUCCAGAGGCCAAAGAGAAAACGGAAGAACUCCAGGGUGACAUUCAGUGAUGACGAUGAGAUCAUUAAUCCGGAGGACGUGGACCCGUCUGUGGGGAGGUUCCGGAACAUGGUGCAGACAGCAGUGGUCCCUGUCAAG